AUGCCUAUACCCAUCCAUGAUGCCGAAGCACUACUGGAUGAUGCAUCGUUAUCUCGGACAGAAGCGACGGGAGAAUCAUUCCCUGCUUUAGAGCAUUUCAGAAUACAAAAUGUUCCUCCAGCGGCAUAUUAUAUUCCAGAUUUCAUUACCAAAGAAGAGGAAGAAUACCUUUUAAGGAGAAUAGGUGAAUCACCUCAACCGAAAUGGAAGAAAGUCGGUACAGGUAGAAGGCUACAAUAUUGGGGAGGAACAAUGUCCAAGAAGGGAAUAUUGUUACCUGAACCAUUACCUGAUUUCCUCAACGAAUAUCCAGAUAUUGUCGAGCGUAUCGAAUCUUUUCUGAGGGUAGCAUCAAGUGUCAAAGGUAAAGAAAAAAUGGAAUUAGGUAUAAAUCAAGUACUGAUCAACGAAUAUCAACCUGGACAAGGGAUAUCUCCUCAUGAAGAUGGACCUGCAUUUCAUCCGUUGGUGGCUACAUUAUCACUUGGGUCUCAUACGGUCUUAGAUUUACAUCAUUAUUUGAAUCCUACAUCACCUUCACCACCGAUGAUCUCUUCUUCUCCAUCUCUGACAGAAGGGGAGAUGGGUAAAUCAAUAGCAGCAAUACCAUUAGGUCAUUUACUUCUAAUGCCAAGAUCGUUACUUGUCCUAUCAUCAACUCUCUACACGUCCCAUCUACACGCCAUCUCCUCAAGGCACAAGGAUAUAAUCGUUCCUCGAUCAUUGUCAACUCCCACCACCAAUCCCAAUGGAGCUCAGUCCUCAGGAAUCGAUGAAGAAGGUGCGGUGACCAUCGCUAAUGCCGAAUUACUUGGAGAUGCAGAAGUGAUCGACGCGCUCAGAGAAGGUAAAUGGAUAGGCGAAAGAGGUAUAAGAACAAGUUUGACUUUUAGAAGAGCUGAAAAAGUAUUGAAAGGUGGUGCGUUAGGCGUAUUGGGGAACGCCUUGAAGAGACCAUAG